UUCUCAAGCAUGUCAAUCAUAUUCGGAUUACACUUCAAUUUCUAAAUAGAACAUUGAUGGAAAAAGAGCAUCUUCAAGCAGGAAGUAUGCACUAGAGAUGGGACUUGGAUGACAGCCAGACUGAACAAGGGUCGACCAGUUAAAAACGAGCCGUGACAAAGAGGCGUCUCUGAAUAACAUUCCAGUUUCUGACAUAUGACACUGUUUUUCCUGCUUUAGCCGAGUCCGAGGCAUCACUCUGGACCAUGUGUGAUGUGAACUCAAUGUAGAGUAAAUUCCCAACACUGAGCACAGUAAGGGCAAUGAUGAUCACUCCGAAUGGGAUUAUACCUUUUCCAACGGUGAUGAAUGACUACUUAGAAGAGGUGACUUCAGCUACGCCGGUCUUCACAACCCCAGCUCAGGAAUCCCCCAACAGAGUCGUUAUCGGCUGGAUUCUGAGCAUCGAAUCCUUCCUGAUCGUCUUUACCAACCUCCUGGUGGCCAUCGCUUUGGUCUUGUUGAUCCGUAAGGGGAGCAAUCACAGCUGGAGCUUGGUCUUAAACCUGGCCGUCUCUGAUAUCCUAGUGGGUCUGGCUAUCACGGCAAUCGCUGUCGAUGAUGUUAAAAACCACGUGGUCGUGAUGCAAAAGGAAAUGUGCUUGCUGCGCAUGUCUUUUAUUAUCGUGCCCAGCGCUGCAUCUAUUUUCACCAUGUUCUUUAUCUCGCUGGACCGAUACGUGGCGAUCAGGGUACCGCUGCGCUACUCGCAACUCAUGGGGACCAAGAUGAUAGCCGGCCUGUUGGUGUGUCUGUGGCUGCUCUCGGCCGUCCUAGGAUUCCUGCCCAAUAUGUUAAAGACCAUGCAGGAACUUCAGUAUAAAAAUGGUAUGAAAUGUUCCUUCUUCUCUGUCGUCAACCCUCAUGGAAUCAUCAUAGUUUUCUGUGCUACCUUCUUCCCCAUCCUCUUGGUCUUCAUCUACUUUUAUCUAGACAUCCUGAAAAUAGCCUGGAGCCAUCAGAGGCGCAUCGAGCAAGCCAUGCAAGUGAGUUCCCGCUGCCUCCUUCCAAUUCGCUAUUGUGCACACAUCAAGCCGUUUCGGACCGUCACCUUACUGGUGGGAUGCUUCACUUUGUGCUGGUGCCCUUUCUUUGUGGUCAACGUGAUACAGGUACUGUGUCCACCAUGCAAGCUUUACUGGCUUAUAGAAAACCAUCUCUGGAUGCUUGGACUCGCCAAUUCCCUUAUCAACCCACUGGUUUAUGCCUUCUGGCAGAGGGAGGUACGACAACAACUCUGUGACAUGUUUGCUUGUUUUAAAGUCGGCCAGUGCCGCGUUAAAGGUAACACAGACCAGGCGUUGUGCACUCGGACAACAACUCUUUAGACCCGGCUCCACCUGGUCAGGUCAUUUUUAGGAAGCCUGCUGUGGUUCCUCUCGUGGUGUCAACGUGUCCGAACUCUUUGUAACAAACAACUGCAGUCCUUUCAGUACUUUACAGUCUGGCGCUCAUGGGAAACGGUUAAGUGUUUUGACAUCAACAACCGGAAAAGAGCUGUAUCCCGUAAUGGAUGUGGAGUCUUGAGAGUCUGCCUGUUUUAUUCAUGCAAUGGAACAGAUGGCUUUAUUGACUUUUUGGCUCACUUUCUUCUACUUAAGUGAAAUCCGAAGACCGUAACCUUUUACGGCCUCGAUGUCUCAAUUCCUGUUGUUUGCGCUCUCGAUGUAAAUUUGUAACAGAUGACCAUGUCUAACACGAUUGAUUCAAAUGUUUGUAUGUGAAUUUUGUAUAAAUGCAGGCAUGUUAACCUUUUUUUUUCUCGGAGAUCUCAACUCUACUCUUAAGGACCAUUUUAAAUAGUACCAAACAACUGACCCAGUUCUUAAAACCAUUUAAAUCCAAGACCUUUUCAGUACCUCGGUACACUCUAAAAUACUGAAAGAAAGUUAUUGAAAAGACUUUUCCUUGUUUUUUUUUUUUUUUUACAUUUUGUAUGUAUUUUCACCUGGUGAGAUGCAUUUGUUUUACAUUCGAUUAGCCUUUAUAUUAAAGAGGUACAUCAGCGCUCCUUAUGUACCAAUUAUAUACUUUUAAAUAAUUUCUGGUUUGAGGUGACAGAUGUACAGUGAUGGUCCUGCCCCAGAAACAAGAAAAAGUACUUUUUACGUUUUUUUUGUUAAUGUAAAAUAAAUUAUUUAGAAAGAAUUAUUCAUGAUCAAUAUUUUGAUAUUGUUCAAGAAAACUUUAAGCUACAUUCAAUUGCAUUGGGAUUUUUUUCGGGUUAACUGGGACUGAAAUGCACUAGGAUCCGGGACCAAAAAAAAAAUCCAUCUGGACCAAGUAAAGGGAGUAUUGUUAAAAUGCUGUUCAGGAUUGUAUGUAAAAUUGGAAUCAGGCUGAAUUUAAGGUACUUUUUACAUGUGUGUGUCUUUACUGUUUUUCUUGAAAUAAAGAUUUUCCUCAGUAGGUCACUGAAGUAGUUGAGUUAGAUGUAUCAGGAGCCGGAAAGAAAGCUGAAAGCUGUGCGAAUAGUGCAGUAUAGUACAGCAGAGUACCCUGACCUAUUCUGACAAAGGUGC